AAACAACAUGUUCAGAGUAUCGUAAAACGUGAAAAUGUCCAUGUCUAUAAAAGUAAAGCAAAGCGCUGUUUGGGUGCAUUUCACGAAAACAAGCAAUAAAAAAGCAUUUUGCAAAAUAUGCAAAAAAUCGCUAAGCAUCAAAGGAGGUUCCUAUGGCAAUUUGAGUCGUCAUCUGAAAACGCAACAUCACAGAAUCGUUGUAAAGGUGCCCGCUUCUGAAAUUGCCAUCAAUAAUUCGUCAUUAUCAACAUCGAAUGGACAACAACAAAGCCGGCAAGAGACUUUAAUUGCUUCUAUGCAACGGCAAUAUGUAGGGGAUCCACUUUUGGUAAAUGAAGCCACCUUAAGCGACAACGAUGACUGGAAUACAACGGAUCCUGAUAUACAGGCAUAUGAUAGAUUUAAUAGUUCUGGUCUAGUUGAAACGGAAAUCAAAGUCGAGGCUGAGGACCAGGAAACGGAGGAUACCACGACGACACCGGUUUAUUUAAAACGACGAAAAAUUGACUAUCAAUCUCAUGAAAUGACACCAUACGAACGGACCAUGAUUAAAUUGGUAAAAGAGCGUACAAAAACCAUUGAACGCAUUGCCACAAAACGCCUUAAUGUACUGCAACGAAUGGCCGAUGAUAAUGCCAGUUAUCAUACAAAAAUGCUUGAUUUAUUGGCCAACAAAAUUCAAAUUGUCAACUUGCCCAACAAUGUCAAGGAAUCAAAGUAGACUAGGAAAAUUCAAUAAAACCCAAAGCAACUCAAAGCGGGUGACGAAAAUUCAAUCAGAUUCGUUCACUCCAGCAGCAAACACAACGAAGCACAAAAAUGAAUAAUAAUGAAAUAUUACAAGAAAACCUGAGGCGAAUUACGUGCUUUGCCGAACUCGAUGAUGAUUUUUGGUACUUGGUGUUACAAGUUUCGCCCCUGGACGACCAGCUCAAUUUGGUAAAAUCCUUUCCACGUCUAAAAAGUUUGUGUAAACUCGCAAAUAAGAAACAGAUUCAAGUUUUAAGCACCAAGGAGUUAUCAUACCCUAACAUCGACAGAGCCCUCAGGUGGUUUGGGGAAGAUAUGAAAGUUCUUUAUGUCAAUGAUAGUUUUUCCCCAACGGAACGUUGUGAAUGUCUAAGAGCUGUGCAAGAGUUUUGUGAUAACAUAGAAUCAAUUUCAUUCAAGACGCCAGUCACCAAAUGCUUGUCAAAUUAUUAUGAAAGAAUGAAAUCACUACAUUCAAUACAUAUGGAUUAUCAUGUAGAUUCAGACGAUUGUCUCUUGGAAAUGUUUGGUCAAAUACCGUUGCUGCGAAGUAUACACCUUACCAAUUUUGAUACAUCGAAAUGUAAGUUCUUUCGUUCAAUUAUGUGCACAUUAAUCGCCUAUAACAUUGCGUUUUAGUACGAAAAAUGAAAGGUGUAGAAAAUGUAGAGGUUUUGAAAGUAGAUGGUAAAGUGACUAUUUAUGAUAUGUAUCACGUACUUCUUUCAUUUUUGAAUUUACGUAUUUUGCGUUUAAAUUGUCCUGGAAAUCUGGAUUUGGACUAUUUGGAUUUUUUACCUUUGGAGGAGAUCGAUAUCUCCCAACAAACAACGAAGUGUAGUAUACCAUAUUAUCCGAAUUUAAAAAGAUUGCGCAUCAAUUCGAGUUCCAUAAAACUAAAAGUUAUUCUUGAAAAUAGAGUCGAAUAUUAUGCAAAUCGGUUGGAGAAAUUGCACUAUGUGACGGAGACCGAUUUUGAAACUGCUGAAAUAAUUAGUCAAUUUGUAAUGCUUAAGGAUCUUGCAUGCAGGCCUAGUGAUCCUGAGUCCUUUCAAUGUUUAUUACAAUUUAAUCGACUCGAACGUUUAAAUGUAUCCGGCAAUUGGGAAAACUUUGGUGAUUAUGUCUUACUUAUGGUGCACAACAAUUUACAGACGCUUGAAUAUCUCGAUAUCAGCUUCUGUGGAACAAUCACUACUCAAUUUGUCUACGAAUUGUUAAAUUUAUUGGAAAAAAAGUCAAAUCUGCCGUUAAAUCGAUUUAAACUAAUUGCUAAGUUCACCUAUAUUGAUUCUCGUAUAAUGAGUAUGCUGGGUGACAGGGUAAAUCUUAUUGAUAUAACAGUAACAUAUUAUUAAUAAAAAUGUUUUUAUCACUUGUAAAGAGGCCACAACUCUAUUGAUAAUAAACAUGUAUGCGUAUAUUUGUGAUAAAUAUUCUGUGUCAAUGAGUUUUGUAAUUUAAGUGUAGGAUAAAUUAAUGACACUAAUCAUAUCAACACAACACAAACCAAAAUGAAAUCUUACACAAAUCAUACAUAAAUAUAUAGAAAUA